AGCCACGUUGGCUCAGCUUAGCGAACUCACGCGCCCCAACGGUGGGAAACUAGUUCAUCUGAUUUCUGCGUGGAAAAUCAUGGCACGUAGAAUUUGCAUCCUGUGGAUCAUGCUGUUCAGCCAUGUGUACGGAGAGGCUGAGCAUCAAAAAAGGCUGAACAAACUCGCUGAGCUCUUGGAGGAUGAAGGUGACAACUUGAAGGCUAUGGCAGCUGCCCUUCAUAAGGAGUCCGGCACUGUGGAGGAUGCCAUCUCCAGACAAGAGGAUUAUGAUUUAUUACGACCUGAAGCGGCAGCCAUCAAGGCAGUAGCCAGCGGUACCAACAUGUUGAAUCUGGGAGGGGAGGCCCUUAGCUCCUCCGUGAAGGGCCUCAGAGGUUCAGAGCUUCAAACGGCGCAAACAAUGGGAUCCGCGGUCAGCUUAGAGGCUGUGGACGGUGAAUCUAGUGAACUUGACUCGAAUCUGGAGCAAUCCCGGGGUUCUCGGACAGUGGGCAGGCCAUCUUCCCAAGUGGGAACCCUAUCCCGGGAGGAGAAGAGGUUGCAAGAUCUCCUCGGCUUGCGCUGAAAUGUCAGAGGCCGUUGCAGAAGGUCUCCUACGUUGCGCACAGAUGGAAAAAUGAGUUCCUUUCACACCCUUACACAGUGUCAAUGAGAUAGGUGCAGGUGCCACCAGAUUGCCUCCAAGCUUCUUGGGUGGGUGAUGGUACUCGUAGGAACAUUGACCGCGUCAGCAACCAAGCGAGUCAGCAAUUAC